AUGUCGCUCACCCUCAAACUAUCCUCCUUGGCAAUACGAACGCUAUCCAAACCCAUCGCCAAUCAAAUCAAAGCACAAGCUCGCGAACAUGAUCGCUUCCGCCACGUUUGCGUAUCAAUGGCACAGGCUCUCCAUCGAUUCGAUAUGCGCCUGCGAUUAGGCUCUAUCCGCGACAAUACCGCCUCCCAACGUCAGGCCGCCGCUGAAGCUGAAGCAAAAAAGCACAUCCCCUCAUCCCCGACAGCCAAGACCGAGACCGAGUCAAAAGCAGAAGAACAUGCACAGGCCAAAGCCAAAGAGGCGGCGGAAGAAGCUGCCAAACCCCAUAAAUACCGAAUUCGUCCGUUGACCGAGUCUAAGGCUAUUGAAUCCGGCGCAAAUUUCAUUAGUGAGACCUUUCUUUUCAUGGUCGCUGGUGGCUUGAUUGUGUUUGAGUCCUGGCGAUCACGUCGGAAGGAGAGCACUCGUCGGGAAGGUGUUGAGGAUCGCUUGAUUGAGUUGGAGCAAUCAGAGAAGACGGUGCGGGAGGCCUUGGUUGCCUUAGAGAAGGAACUGCUGGCUCUCCAAGCUAAGAAUGGAGAAAAGCCUAAAGCGACGCAUCGGAUUCUUCCGAAGGCUGUGUGGGGAGAGGAGUCGGAGGUGAAGGAACCAGAGGCUCCGGAGACUUGGUGGUCGACGGUCACAUCGUACUUCUCCCUUAGCCAGGGGACACCCAAGACCUCUGAAUCGACUGCUCAGCCGACAUCCACAUCGCAAGAGCCCAGGCCUGCCUCCAUUCCAGCUACCGAGCAGCCCGCUGCAACUGGGCAAAAGCAGAUGCCUGAGUCCAAGGCUUCGCCAUAG